AUGUACAGAGAAAAAGCAAGCAAGGAAAAAAGACUCAAGGAAAAAAAGGUAAAUAGCUCGAAAAAGGCUUCUAGGAAGGGCGGUAGAGAUGAGUAUUAA